AGUAAACUAUAAGAUACGGAAAAGAAAAGAAAAGAAAAAGAUUGUUAUAUUGUGAUUCGUAUCACUUACUUUACCGACGCCACCGUUGCUCCAAUUUCCGAUCUGUUUCUCUUUAAACUAAAUUUUGAACAAAUAAAUAUUGAAGAAAAGAAAGUUUUGGGAUUUGCGAACUCAUUCAUUUCACUUUGCUUCAUCCUUAAUUUUCAAUUUCUUUCUCUCUUUUUUCUCAAUUUUGAGUCAAUCUCAAUUUGCAGUCAAAUGCAGAGCUUCAAUCACUCAGUUUAAACCUACCGAUUUGAAAAACAGGAUCUAGGGUUUUUUUUUUUUUUUUUUUCUUCCAGCAUGGAGAGCUCGGAGAAAGUAGUUGCCGUUAUCAUGGUUGGCGGCCCAACUAAAGGUACUAGAUUUCGCCCUCUUUCAUUCAAUACUCCGAAGCCUCUCUUCCCUUUGGCUGGCCAACCGAUGGUUCAUCAUCCUAUCUCUGCAUGCAAACGGAUACCCAAUUUAGCUCAAAUUUUUCUAAUUGGAUUUUAUGAGGAGAGGGAAUUCGCUCUCUACGUUUCUUCUUUGUCCAAUGAGUUGAGACUGCCUGUGAGGUACUUGAAGGAGGAUAAACCACACGGCUCAGCUGGGGGUAUCUAUUACUUCAGAGACAUUAUAUUGGAAGACAGCCCAUCGUACAUCUUUCUACUAAAUUGUGAUGUUUGCUGCAAUUUUCCACUUCCUGACAUGCUUGAGGCACAUAAAAGAUAUGGUGGGAUGGGAACUAUAUUAGUAAACAAGGUUUCUGCUGAAUCGGCUAAUCAGUUUGGUGCACUGGUCGCUGAUCCAGUCACAAAUGAGCUGUUGCAUUAUACAGAGAAACCUGAGACUUUUGUGAGUGAUUUAAUAAAUUGUGGUGUAUAUGCAUUUACAUCCGAAAUUUUCGAUUACAUCCAAGAUGUCUCAAUUCAUCGGGAAGGCAGAGCUAAUCUACGACGUGUCUCCAGCUUUGAAGCUCUACAAUCUGCAACAAGGAACCUUCCGACUGAUUUUGUGAGAUUAGAUCAAGAUAUUUUGACUCCUCUCGCUGGAAAGAAACGCUUAUAUACGUAUGAAACCAUGGAAUUUUGGGAACAGAUCAAGACUCCAGGGAUGUCUUUGAAGUGUUCAGCCCUUUAUCUUGCUCAGUUUCAAUUAACCUCUCCCCAUCUUUUGGCUAGUGGGAAUGGUACCAAGAGUGCGACUAUUGUGGGUGAUGUCUACAUUCAUCCAUCAGCAAAAGUACAUCCCACUGCAAAGAUUGGUCCCAAUGUCUCUAUUUCUGCUAAUGUUCGUGUGGCUCCUGGUGUGAGGCUUAUAAGUUGCAUCAUCUUGGAUGAUGUUGAAAUUAUGGAUAAUGCUGUUGUUAUAAAUUCUAUUAUUGGAUGGAAAUCAUCAGUGGGGAAAUGGUCUCGUGUCCAGGCAAAUGGUGACUACAAGGAUAAGCUUGGAAUUACAAUUCUCGGAGAAGCUGUGAUUGUUGAAGACGAAGUUGUGGUGACCAACAGCAUAGUGCUCCCAAACAAGACUCUGAACCUUAGCGUCCUUGAAGAAAUAAUUUUAUAACAUUUUCCUUUUACACCAUUCAUUCCCCUUUCUCUGUACUAAAAUUUAAAACAAUUUUGCCAUUCCAUGCGGCUGACUUCAGGCUACUUGAUUAAAACCUGCAGAGUGUCAAUCCCCCAAAUAUAAAAUCUUUUUCUUUUAAGUCA